CCCCGCUCCGGCCGGCACCAUGGACAGCGAGGCUUUCCAGCACACGCGGGACCUCCUGGACCUGAACUUCCAGUCGCUGGCCAUGAAGCACAUGGACUUGAAGCAGAUGGAGCUGGACACGGCGGCGGCCAAGGUGGACGAACUGACCAAGCAGCUGGAAUCGCUGUGGUCAGACUCGCCGGCAAAUCCCAGCCCACAGGCGGGCGCCGCCCCCAGGCUGCCCCGGUACAGCUCCAGCCCGGUCCCCGAGCCUUUCGGCAGCCGAGGGUGCCCCCGGAAAGCCGACAACGCAGACACCUCGUUCGGACGCUCUGAGAGUGCCCCGACCCUGCACCCCUACAGCCCGCUGUCCCCCAAGGGCCGCCCGUCGUCGCCGCGCACCCCGCUCUACUUGCAGCCGGACGCCUACGGCAGCCUGGACCGCGCGCCCUCGCCCCGGCCCCGCGCCUUCGACGGCGCGGGCAGCCCCCUGGGUCGCGCGCCUUCCCCGCGGCCCGGCUCGGGCCCGCUCCGCCAGCAGGGGCCCCCCGCGCCCUUCGACUUCUUGGGUCGCGCGGGCUCCCCGCGGGGCAGCCCUCUGGCCGAAGGGCCCCAGGCCUUCUUCCCGGAGCGCGGACCCUCGCCGCGCCCGGCCGGCGCCGCCUACGACGCUCCGGCUGCCUUCGGGAGCCCCCUGCUGGGCGCGGGCGGCAGCGCCUUCGCCCCGCCGCUGCGCGCGCAAGACGACCUGACCCUGCGCCGGCGGCCCCCCAAAGCCUGGAACGAGUCCGACCUGGACGUAGCCUACGAGAAGAAGACCUCGCAGACGGCGAGCUACGAACGUCUGGAUGUCUUCUCGCGGCCCGCCUCGCCGGGCCUGCAGCUGCUGCCGUGGCGAGAGAGCAGCCUGGACGGGCUGGGAGCCUCCGGCAAGGACAACCUCACCAGCGCCACCCUGCCCCGCAAUUACAAGGUCUCCCCUCUGGCCAACGACAGGCGCUCGGAUGCGGGCAGCUACCGCCGCUCGCUGGGCUCCACGGGGCCGUCGGGCACUCUGCCCCGCAGCUGGCAGCCGGUCAGCCGCAUCCCCAUGCCCCCGGCCAGCCCCCAGCCGCGCGCCCCGCGCCAGCGCCCCAUCCCCCUCAGCAUGAUAUUCAAGCUCCAGAACGCCUUCUGGGAGCACGGCGCCAGCAGGGCCAUGCUCCAUGGCUCCCCCGUCUUCACGCGAGCACCCCCUCCCAAGAUAGCCCCCCAGCCCCAGGCGCCCCCACAGCCCCAGCCCCAGCCCCAGCCCCAGCCACCUCCCCAGCCCCAGCCCCAGCCCCAGCCCCAGCCCCAGCCACAACAGCAGCCCCAGCCGCAGCCCCCUACCCCAGGCCCCCAGGCCCCCCAACAGACCUGGCCCGCCAUGAACGAAGGCGCCCCCAAGCCCACCUCCGAGCUGGAGCCGGAGCCAGAGCUGGAGGGGCUUCUGACUCCCGCGCUGGAGGCCGGAGAUGUCGACGAAGGCCCUGUGGCUCGGCCGCUCAGCCCCACGCGGCUGCAGCCGGCGCUGCCCCCUGAGGCGCAGUCGGUGCCCGAGCUGGAGGAGGUGGCCCGGGUGCUGGCGGAGAUCCCUCGGCCCCUCAAGCGCAGGGGCUCCAUGGAGCAGAGCCCCACCGUGGCCCUGCCGCCCACCCACAAGAAGCAGUACCAGCAGAUCAUCAGCCGCCUCUUCCAUCGGCACGGCGGCCCGGGGCCCGGGGGGCCAGAGCCGGAGCUGGCCCCCAUCACCGAGGGGUCCGAGGCCAGGGCAGGGCCCCCUGCGCCCGCCCCGCCGGCUCCCAUCCCACCCCCAGCGCCGCCCCAGAGCAGCCCCCCGGAGCAGCCACAGAGCCUGGAGAUGCGAUCGGUGCUGCGGAAGGCGGGUUCCCCGCGCAAGGCCCGGCGCGCGCGCCUCAACCCGCUCGUGCUGCUGCUGGACGCCGCGCUGACCGGGGAGCUGGAGGUGGUGCAGCAGGCGGUGAAGGAGAUGAACGACCCGAGUCAGCCCAACGAGGAGGGCAUCACCGCCCUGCACAACGCCAUCUGCGGCGCCAACUACCCCAUCGUGGACUUCCUCAUUGCCGCGGGCGCCAACGUCAACUCCCCCGACAGCCACGGCUGGACCCCGCUGCACUGCGCGGCCUCGUGCAACGACACGGCCAUCUGCACGGCGCUGGUGCAGCACGGCGCUGCCAUCUUCGCCACCACGCUCAGCGACGGCGCCACGGCCAUUGAGAAGUGCGACCCCUACCGCGAGGGCUACGCCGACUGCGCCACCUACCUGGCAGACGUAGAGCAGGGCAUGGGCCUGAUGCACGGCGGCGUGGUGUACGCACUCUGGGACUACAGCGCCGAGUUCGGGGACGAGCUGUCUUUCCGGGAGGGCGACCCGGUGACCGUGCUGCGGAGAGACGGGCCCGAGGAGACCGACUGGUGGUGGGCCUCGCUGCACGGUCAGGAGGGCUACGUGCCUCGCAACUACUUCGGGCUCUUCCCCAGGGUGAAGCCACAGAGGAACAAGGUCUAGCAGGACAGAUGGACGUCCCUCGAGGACACAGGAGCGGCCCCACACCUCCCGUCCUUUCAUGCUGCCUUGACCUUGACCUGCGGGGCCGGUUCUCUGCCCUCCCACCAGCCCCGGGCACCAGGGCACCGCAGGCACCUGCCUUAGCGGUGGGACAGCCGGGGGCGGGGGGGCUCCCCGUCUCAGGGCAGGAGAUGCCCCCACGCCAUUUGCCAAAGGAGAUCCGCCCAAAGUGCCUUCCACACGGGGCUGCCCCUGGCGGAGACUGGGGUGGGUGACCGCCAGCUGAUGGCCCUGGGAGCCGCCCCCCUCCUCCCAGCAGCCUCUGGGCUGCCCAGUUAAGUGCCUUCCCAGAGCACUGUGUCUUUAUAACACCGUGAGCAAAGUUUUCUUUAUAAAUAAAGGUAGUUUGCGCACAA